AUGGGUAAAACCGCGAUUCGUACUGUUGGCAAGGUAAGCCUCGAUAAGCCAGCAACAGAGCAUAGAAACAUUCAUAAUAGAUGGCAUCCGGAUAUUCCAUUCGCGGGUACUAUCAAGGAUGGUGAGACAGUUAAGAUCGAAUGUCUUGACUGGACAGGAGGUCAAAUUGGAAAUAACGACAGCGCGGACGAUAUCCGCAAUGUUGACCUGACUAAGGUCCAUUGCCUCACAGGCCCUUUUGAGGUUGAAGGUGCCCAACCGGGCGAUAUCCUCCUGGUUGAAAUCAUGGAUGUCCAGCCAUUCCAAGACCAGCCUUGGGGGUUCACCGGCGUCUUCCACAAAGACAACGGCGGCGGAUUUCUGGACGAGAUCUACCCGUCGGCUGCAAAGGCCAUAUGGGACUUCGAAGGCAUCUUUGCUACGUCGCGCCACAUCCCGCACGUCAAGUUCGCAGGAAUAAUCCACCCGGGGAUCCUGGGCUGUGCGCCAUCGGCUGAGGUCCUAGAGACUUGGAAUAAGCGCGAGGCAGAACUUAUCUCGGCUAAUAAGCUCGAGAGACAGGUCGCCCUGCCACCGGAGUCGAAGGGCCUGCAUGCGGGUGCGGCGGACGCGGCUCUCGCGGAGAAGAUCGGUAGGGAAGGUGCCAGGACGAUCCCGGGACGGCCGGAACAUGGUGGGAAUUGUGAUAUUAAAAACCUAAGCAGAGGUUCGAAGGUCUAUCUCCCGGUUCACGUUCCCGGCGCGAAAUUCAGUGUUGGGGAUCUACAUUUCUCGCAGGGCGACGGUGAGAUCUCAUUCUGCGGGGCGAUAGAGAUGGCCGGUGUCAUCACAAUCAACUUCAAAGUCAUCAAGAACGGGGUAGCAGAUCUAGGUCUCAAGUCACCUAUCUACCUACCCGGACCGGUAGAACCGCAGUUCGGACCUGGUCGUCAUAUUUACUUUGAGGGCUUCUCGGUAGAUGAACAUGGUAAGCAACAUUACAUGGACGUUGCAGUUGCUUAUAGACAGACGACUUUGCGAUGUAUCGAAUAUCUCCGCCGCUUUGGAUACAACGACUACCAGAUCUAUCUACUACUAUCGUCGGCACCUAUUCAAGGACAUGUGGCGGGCAUCGUUGAUAUACCGAAUGCGUGUACGACCCUGGGGUUACCUGUUGAUAUAUUCGACUUCGAUAUUAUGCCUUCUGGACCGGCUAAGACAUUGGAUAUGGGUAGUUGUGCUUUUGAAAGCGGAGUGAGUAAGGGUGAGGUUACGGCUGGAGGUAAGAAUAGUGAGCAUAGCUUCGGCGGAGGUUUGACGUAUAAGGCAUCUGUAACUGAGAGGGUGAAGGAAGCUGUAUCUGGAUGA